CAUCAUUAAAUACAUUUUUACAAUAUUUAAAGAGACAAUGGGAUCUGUACGUAGCAACAUCCCAUAUUUAUCCAGAGAAAGUUGGAAAAGGGUGAAUCGAAAGUAAUGUCCAUCUAUCACAUGGAGUCCUCCUCACCUUCUGAUCAUGUAAGUGGUGGACGAUGCCAAACCCAAACUGUCUCAAAAAAUUGUGACACAAUAUUUCCAGCCAUGAAGAAAUAUCAAUAUUCUUCUCAAAGAACACCAUCAUUUUCUUCCUCCUCAUCGUGGUCGUCGUCUUCAUCUUUCGUAUUAUCGUCCUGUAAUCUCGACCAUGAUUCUUCUCCUCCUAUUAGUCCGGCAACCCCGCUUCGGUUUUCCGGUGUCCCAUUCUCUUGGGAACAUUUUCCAGGUAUUCCAAAGAAACCUAGCAGCAGCAGCAGCAGCAACAACAAGGAAUUACAAUUACAUUCCUCAUUGAAGCGUCUCCCACAGCCUCCUCCCACACUCAGUAAUCAGAAGAUCUCCUCCAAAAAGUUGAUCAUGGAUGAUAUUAUUCAGAUCGGACACAACUCCAAAAGGCAUACUGCUAAUCUCCCAAAGGAUCCUUUCUUUGCUGCACUAGUUGAGUGCUCCAAGGACGACGACGGCAACAACAACGACGAUGAUCAAGGAUACUCAAGUGGUGCUGCCAAGGUCUCAAGGAGUGUGGGUGAAAGGUUUGGAUUUUUCAAUCUUUCUGCAUUAUCUUGUAAGACAACUUGUGCAGUUUCUGAAUCAAUCAUACACGUUCAAAGGCCGAGUACAACUUCUUAUCAUCUGAUUAAUCGCCGUUCCCGAUGAGUUUACGAUCCCUAUUGUCCUCGAUCGAUCACUCAUCUUAAUUGUGUGUUUUUUGUUUCCAAAUUUAUUUUUAGUUUUUUCUUGGCCUUUGCUACGAGGGGGACAUGUAAUUCGGAAAAUAUAUAAUAUUUUACUGGGAUUAAUAUGUCCAUAACUCCAUA